AUGACAGCCCAAGUCUCAGACCCUCAGGGGAUUCCGGAGACUACAGCGAAGGAGGAUGAGAAGGAAUUGGGGGGCCCUGGCCCCAGCAGGAAUAAGUCAUGGCUAGUCCGGCACUUUUCCCUGCUCCUUCGGCGUGAUCGGCAAGCCCAGAAGGCCAGCCAGCUCUUUUCUGGGCUCCUGGCCCUCAACGUGGUGUUCCUGGGGGGAGCCUUCAUCUGUAGCAUGAUCUUCAACAACGUGGCCAUCACCCUGGGGGACGUCUGGAUCUUGCUGGCAGUGCUCAAGGUUCUCGCCCUCCUCUGGCUCCUCUACUACGUCGGAGUGACCAUCCGCCUGCCACACUCUGUCCGGUACAGAGACCCCCAUGCGGGGCCUGUCUGGGUUCAGGGCUCGCUGGUGUUGUUCGGUAGCUGCACGGUUCUUCUCAACGUCUUCCGAAUCGGCUACGUGGUCAGUCACAUCCACUGCAAGUCUGACGUGGAACUCGUCUUCCCCGUCAUCGAGAUCCUCUUCAUCAGUCUUCAGACCUAUGUGCUAUGGAGCCACAGCAAGGAUUGUGUCCAGGUCCAGAUGAAUCUCACCAGGUGCGGGCUGAUGCUAACUAUGGCUACCAACCUGCUCCUCUGGGUCCUGGCUGUCACCAAUGACUCCAUGCAUCGGGAGAUCGAGGCCGAACUGGAUGCCCUCAUGGAAAAGCUCACAGGCAAUGAGACCAACACUUGUCUUUGCCUCAACACCACUAUAUGUGAAGUCUUUCAGAAGGGAUACUUGAUGCUUUAUCCCUUCAGCACUGAGUACAGCCUCAUCUGCUGUGCCAUUCUCUACGUCAUGUGGAAGAAUGUGGGCCGACAUCUGUCUCCUCACUUACCUGGUCCUCAUCGGCCCAACUUCCACCUCCAUGGCGCCAUCUUUGGCCCUUUGUUGGGUUUCCUGGCUCUGGUGGCAGGGGUCUGCAUCUUUGUCCUCUUCCAGAUCCAGGCCAGUGGCCCCUCCAUUGGUCAUCAGUAUUUCACUCUUUACUAUGCUUUUUAUGUGACUGUCCUGCCUGUCAUGACUCUGGCGUGCCUGAUGGGCACCAUCAUGCAUGGACUGGAAGAGCGGGAAAUGGACACAGUCAAGAACCCCACUCGAAGCCUUGAUGUGGUACUUCUGAUGGGUGCUGCCUUGGGCCAGAUUGGCAUCUCCUAUUUUUCCAUCGUGGCCAUUGUGGCCACAGAUCCCCAAAAACAGCUCAACAGACUUAUCCUGGCCUAUUCAAUCCUCAUCAUCAUUCAGCACAUCGCCCAAAACCUCUUCAUCAUUGAGGGCCUGCACCGACAGCCACUCUGGGAAGGACCCAUCCAGUCCCACCACGAAAGCCUGGAGAAGGAGGAGUGUCCAGCAGGUCUUCGCCGGGGAUCCGUGUUGGAGCUGGGCCAGGGCCUGCGUAGGGUCUCCCUUGCCUACAUCCACAGUUACAGCCAUCUCAACUGGAAGCGGCGGGUUCUAAAGGAAAUUUCCAUCUUCCUUAUCAUCUGCAACAUCACGAUGUGGAUGAUGCCCGCAUUUGGCACACACCCCGAGUUUGAGAACGGACUGGAGAAAAGCUUCUAUGGCUACAGGACCUGGUUCACUAUUGUCAACUUUGGCCUGCCUCUGGGGGUCUUCUACCGCAUGCACUCUGUUGGGGGACUGGUGGAAGUCUACCUGGGAGCCUGA